AAAAAUAGUAUUGUUCAAAUGUGAUUGGAUUGAUAACCGAGUACGAGACAAAUGGGUCAAAAUAGACAAGUUUGGGGUGACAAUGGUCAACUUCAAGCAUUUAUUCAAUACCGGUGACAAGGAAUUAGAUGAGCCAUUUAUUUUUGCAUCUCAGGCAACUCAAGUUUACUAUGUGCAAGAUCCUAUUGAUGCUGAUUGGUUUGCUGUUUUAAAGUCAAAACAACGUGACAUGUAUGAUAUGGAAGAAAGGCUAGACAAUAGUACAGAAAUAGGUUCUUUCUUGCCAGAUUUGGAUGCAAACACACAAGUUAAUGUAUCUAUUGGUGGUAGUUGUGUUAGGACUGAUAUAGAUGGAAUAAUGAUUGCCGAAAACCAACCUAGCAAGUAAGAUAUGUUUAUAUCUGUUUUCGCAAAAAUGUUUCAUUUUACGUUGUAAUCUCUUUGUCUUGAAUCUUGAUUGUAAUCUCUUUAUGUCUUGAUUCAGGAGGAAAGUUUGUAAGAGGAAGAGGAAUGGGUAAAGAAAUAGAGGUCAAUGAAUAUGAACUACAAAGGGCUGCCAACAUAAAAGAAAAUUUGAAGAGGAUGAGAUCUCUUAAUCUCCAUGUACCUAGUACUAUGGUUAAUGAAGAAGCAAAUGGAUCACAUCGAGCCAAUAAGAAAUAUAAGGUUAAUGUAUUUCCCUAUUUAAUAAGUCCAUGUUUUUUACAUUUAAUUUAAUAGUACCACAAUCUAUCUCAAUACAUGCAUUCUGCAGUCUCUACUUCUUGUACUGUUUUCAAUGUAUCUUACCUGACAUAGCUCCCAGUAAAGAUAGUUCUGUUCCUCCACCUUCCUUCAGACUUUCAGUUCUUGUACUGUCUGUGUGCGUCAUCUGUCCAUAGGAGUAUCACAGGGAUUACAUCCUUUCAUCUGACAUAGCUCUACUAUUUUUGCAGCAUAAGCACUUUGAUAGACAAUUAGUUCCUUUCUUGUAGACAGCAUUGGCAGCCACCAACAGUGAGUCAUUAGUUCCUUUCUUGUAGAGUCAUUACAUCCUUUCAUCUGACAUCCACAUAAACCCCUACCAUCAAUAGUGAAUCAUUAGUUCCUUUCUUGUAGACAGCAUCCUCCACACUGCACUUACCAAAACCCAGAGUGACUAACACAGAAUCUUUGUGCUUCAAUACAUUCCCAGCUUGAAUACAUUCCCAGCUGCUUCAAUACAAUCCCAGCUGCUUCAAUACAUUCCCAGCUGCUUCAACCACCACUUCAAUCCUAUAGCUCUAUGCCCUUUAGGCAAAUCUGGCCAAGACCAGGUGUUGUUGUUUUCUAUGGCCUGCAGCUCUGAAUUCAUUGCAUCUCUCCAAUUCUGGUCUGCCAAGGCACUCUCUACACCUUGCCAGACAACUUGUCAAUUUCAGUAGACACCUUGCCAUCUCCACUACUGUUUUCGUUCGUCAGCAAGGCACAGAUCAACAAUCUCCUCUGCUUCAUUUUUUUAGUUCUGUUUUCGUUCUGCUUCACUGCUUCACUUCGUUCUGCUUCCACUUUUUCAAGCAGUGAAGCUGACCCCCUGUCCGAGAAAUUUCUGAACGCACACUGCUUGAAAUUUCUGCUGCUUCACUGGUAAUUGGUUGAUUGCUUUAAUUUCUGAACCAAAUUUCUGAACCUUAAGUUUUAACUGGCAUGGACGACUGAGCAUGUAAUUUAAUUUCUGCUCCUUCACUGCUUGAAAUUUCUGCUGCUUCACUGGCAAUUGGUUGACUGCUUUAAUUUCUGAACCUUAAGUUUUAACUAGCAUGGACGAUUAGUAAUGUUUUCAUUUCUUUGAGUGUAGACAAGGACAUUAGCAGCUUCAACUAAUGGACCUACUUUGCGAUCAAGGACUGAAAGGGAUAUUGUUGAUGAAGAAUCUGAAAAUAGUUACGAAGAAUCUGACAAUCCCAUCAAUGAUGAAGAGCAACCUAUUGGGCAUCAAAAUAUAAGGAAAGGAAGGGGCCCAACCUUAAAGAAGAACAUAUAUUCAAGUAGUGGUGGGCCUAAAAUCUGCAUUACCCUUAAUGAAUAUGGACAACCAGUUGGUAGGAACAGCAAAGAGUUUGGUAAUUUCAUAGGAACUUUGGUGAGGAAAAAUAUCCCUGUUUCUUGUGAGGAUUGGAGACUAGUUGAUUCUAAAAAGAAGUUUGAGUUAUGGACAAAAGUGAAGGAAUACUAUGAAAUGGAUGAAUCUGGUAUAGAUUAUGUUAUAACAUCUGCAGCAAAAAAGUGGAGAGAGUUUAAGGCUGACCUAAAGAACAAAUAUUUUGAUGAAACAUUGAGUUUUGAAGAGCUUAUUGCUAAAAGGGAUGAAAGGGUGAAAGAAUCUGAUUGGGAGUGGUUGAUAACUUAUUGGAUGUCUCCAGAAGCCGAGGUUCAUUCAAAUAGAGGUAAAGAUAACCGUUCAAAGCUGACUAUGUCGCAUGCAGCUGGCAGCAAGAGUUAUGCUCGUGUGGGUCAUGAACUGGCCGAGCAACAAGGACGCCCUGCGAGAAGAGAUGAAAUAUAUGUUAGAACACACACGCGUAAGAACAAAGAAGGGGAUAUUGUGCCUCUACCUGGAGCAGAAAUAUUCAUUAAUAAAUUUGAAGAAGCUGUUGCUGAGAACCCAGAACUGAAGGACAGAAGUAUUGAAGAUGGUGAUUUAUAUGCACAUGUUUUUGGAGAGAAAGAACCAAGAGGUCGUAUUCGUGGUUUAGGCAUAGGACCAACUCCACAAGAUGUAGGCACCCCUGGAACUCAAAUGAAAAUAUCAACAAAGCUUCAAAUGGCAUUGCAAGCUCGCAGUCAGUCUGAGCAAGAGGUUAGAGCCUUAAGACAGGAUAUGAAUCAAAUGAAAGAAAAAAUGGAUCAAAUUUAUCAAAUGAUGGUAGCAGCUCAAGGGGUGCAACAUAUAGAAAGCCCAUCACAACAUGGGUCUAAUUCUCGACAGAACUCAAGGGUGCAUCGUUCAGAUGAGGUAGCACAUGAUUACAAUGGUAAUAACCAUUCACAAAAUAUGGUUGAAGAUGACUUCCAACUUACUAGGCGAGUUGCAAGCACUAUGGGUCGUCUAAGGAAUCGUGAAGAUGUUAAUACUAUUGAAGAGCAAAGUCACAGGCGAGACAUUGCAACAAUGGUACCUCAAAGAAAUCAUGGAUCAUCUCAAAAUGCAGAUGAUAAUCCUGUUGGUAAAGAAGUGAUAUUAUAUUCUAUGAUGAGAUCAGAAGUUCCUGUUGCAAUAGCAAAUAUUAUCUCAACCGACCCAACCACUAAGGUGGGAGAUGUUCCUCUUGGAAGAGAGUUCACACAGGUUUUUGUGACUCGCGUGCUAAAAAGGGAAAGUACUCUGCCACGACCAUACUUAGGUGUAGAGAGUAUGGGAGAUGCUCUUUUUAUGCCCAUUGCAUGGCCAACAAACAAGAUGGGUCGUAACAAAAAAUCAACGUUGACCCAAGGUUCUACAGCAGCAGAACUUAUUCGGUGAUCUUUUGGCCCAUCUUUGCUGAUAUCGACAUAGUACACAUGCUGCUGUUGUCAAG